AUGCAGGAGAGCCGGCACAGCAGCAGGAGGCUGGAGGAGGUCUCUGCCUCGACGCUCGAGCUGGCAGGCAGCGUGCGCCUGCUGCACGAGGGGCAACAGCAGCUCGCCCGCGCCCUGGAGGAGCCGCGGCGGGGCCCCCGGCCCGACCGGCGCGCGGGCGACGCGGACGCCCGCCGCGGCCUCGACCGGCUGGAGGCGGCCGCGGCGGCCUCGGCGCGGACGCUGGCGGCGCUGGAGGAGCGGCUGCGCUCGGUGGAGGGCGCCGUGCAGUCGGUGCUGCAGAGGAGCAGCGACGUGCGCCUCCUCGAGGCGCUGGUGGAGACCUUCGUGGCCGGCGGGUGCGGGCAGGCCGGCACCGGAGGCUCCGAGGCCCCCGGCAGGGCCGCCCAGCCCGCCCUCAGGUGCCGCGGCGAGGAGGUCUGA